AUGAAGGGCGAGGGGAGAGUGUUGUUGCUGGGGCCUUGGUUUUGGGAGGAGUUUUCAACUUUUCUUGUGUCAUGGUUCAAUAAAGGAAGGUUUGCUGUUAGUUUGUUUCGAGUUCCUAUGAAAAUGCCAUUGAAGAAGGUGAAUCUUGGUUCUAGAGUACCGGAGAUUCUGGAGGAGGAGGAGCCUUCUUCUCUUCUGGAUUUGCCUGAGUUGGCCUUAGAAUGCAUUCUUGAAAGGCUUUCGCCUGCAGGAUUGUGCAGCAUGGCUGGAGUUUGUAGCUCUUUAAGGGAUAGGUGUAGAAGUGAUCACUUAUGGGAGAAACACUUGAAGCAAAAAUGGGGUAGAUUAAUUGGUGAGGCUGCUUACAAGGAACGGCAAUGUCAUAUAGCUUCAAGGAAGAGGCCAAGCCUUUUAGAUCAAAGCGAUCAAAAGGGUUUCUUAGGAUCUCUUAUUAGUAUGUGGCCUUUCUCCUGGUUUAAACCUAAGUGUGAAAGUAGAAGCAAGCCAGCAACUUGUGUCCCGGUUGAUUCAAUCAUGGCUUUGUAUCUCUCUCUUGAAAGUGGCAAAUUUUGGUUUCCUGCUCAGGUUUAUAACCGUGAGAAUGGACAUGUUGGAUUUAUGCUGUCAUGUUACGAUGCACAACUUAGCUAUGAUUCCAAGACAGACACCUUCAAGGCAAGGUAUUCUCCUUUUGCACGGCGAACGAUAGAACAAAGCAUACGCUGGGAGAGGCUAAGAGCACCACCAGUUGAUACUCCUGCAAAUGUUCUUCACACUUCUGAUUGUUUGAGUGACUUGAAACCCGGUGAUCACAUCGAGAUUCAAUGGAGGAGAAGCAAAGAAUUCCCUUAUGGUUGGUGGUAUGCUGUUGUGGGGCAUCAGGAAUUUUGUGAUCGGAAUGAGAAUCGAUGCCGUUGUCAAGACAACGACAUGGUAGUACUGGAGUUCAGCCAGUACACUCCGGGCUCUCGAUGGAGACGGACGAUAAUAAACAGGAAGGACCACAGGGAAGUAGGAAACGAAGCUGAUGGUUUUUAUGCAGGAAUUAGAAAGCUUUACAAGGAGGAAGAAAUCUUGAAAUGGAAGCAGCUAUGGCCGAACCAAAUCGUCGAUUAG